UUUUAGCUCCUCCCACGCGGAGAGGCAGAGGUGCGAAGCGAUCCUCCCCCCUCUCCCGAGUCCCCCACGCCCAUUGAAGUCGGAAACCCUGGUCGCCGCCUCCGCCGCCGCCUCCACCUCCACCUCCACCAGGCCCUUUCCCCGUCGCCUCCGUGAGGAGCGUCGGCCAGCGGCUUUAUGCAAUAGACUUCAGUUGGGGUCACAUGAAACUGAAUGCAGCUGAAAGUAUGGAUUUUAGGUACAAUAAAACUGAAGAAAAUGAAGACUGGGAAAGCACUGAUGAGAGGAAGCAUCGGUCAAGCAAGUCACAGAAGCACAGUGGUGUAGAAGAAGCUCAGAAACGGGAUAGCGGAAGAAGAAAAAGCUCUGGAGAUAGGAAUGAUUAUAGGAAGAAGUCAAGUAGCUCAAGCAGUGGAGAUGAAGGUGAGUAUGACACAAAGAGAGAAUCACGUUCCAAGAUUCCGAGGAAGAAUCCAGAAGAGAGAAGUGAAAAGAGAUCGAGUGAAGGGUAUCGGGAGAGAGAAUCAGAGAUUAGAAAAAGCAGGAAUGAAGAGAUUGAGAAGCAUUCUGGUAGAAAAUCAAGCACGAAACUUUCUGAUAGUAGUUACACAGAGAAAUCAGAUUCAAAGGGUGGGAAAGCUGUUGACCAUAGUAAGCAUGGGUCUGUUAGGGAUCGAAUGCAGGAUUAUGGAAACGAAUUAAGCGACUCCAAAACUAAGGUUGUGGAUUCCACUGGUGAUAAGGGUUUCAGAUCCAGUACUAGGGAAGAAAAAAGAGUAGAUGGGGAAACCAGUAGAAGUAGAGGCCGAUUGGUUGCUCAAGAAGAAGAUAUUAUGCCCGUCUCUGCACCUCAUGAAGUUAGACCGGAUAUUCAUGAAGAUGAUAAAUGGAGAAGGGUGCAGGAAAGAUCAAGUGAGGUGGCAGGAAAUGAGGAUGCCUACAAGUAUAAUGGCAAGCCACAUGAGGAGAAAUCUGAGAAAAAUAGACAACAGCAAGACUCGGCAUAUGGCAGUCGUGAUGAAGUUCAAAACCGGGAGAGGUCUGUUUCCAGGGAUGAAGAGAUUAGAGAUACAAUUGGGAGGGAAGUUAGACAUAGUAAAAGGUCUCGAACCCCUGAGAGAAGUGGAAGGUAUCACAGGGAGCAGGAUGACCAUGACCGAGGCUAUUCAGAAUCUGACAAUGAAAGAAACAUUGGACUUCGGAGCAGAGAAUGGGAAAGAGAAGGGUAUAAGGAUGAUAGGUCUUCCAAGGGAAAAGACAGGAGCUGGAAUGACAAAAAUAGGGACUGGGAGGGUUCAAAAGACCAUUGGAAGAGAAGUCAGACUAGGCAAGAUUCCAAAGAUAGGGAGAAUGAUUUUGGCCAUAUUAAGGAGUGGGAUUCUCAAUGGCGUGAGCAGGAAAUGCUGGAUGGUGAAAAUAUUCACAGCAAACCUGGUUAUAGAAAAGAUUUUAGAAUCAGAGCCGACAGUGUAAAAGCAUCAUCAACCUCCAGGAAUGCUUAUGAGAGUUCUGAUUCAAUAGAGAUAAGACCCAACAAAAAUCUUGACUUUGGAAAAGAGGAGCCUUCUUCUGUAUAUUCUGGGAGGAGAGCAGAAGUGGGUCCACAGCAGGAUUUCACUUCAGGAGCAAAUGAUGGAACAUGGGAGUAUCCACCCGAGAAAAAGGGUAAAACAGCAUAUGGUUAUGGAGAUGAAUCACAGGAAAGGUAUUUAGAUCAUGGUUCACCUAUGGAUCAAAGGUCCACAAGGAAUUCUUUUGAUUCUUAUGCCGGAGAAGGACGAGGGCAGGAGGACACAAAUUAUAGUCAUACAGGACUGAGCCAAAGUAAUGAUUCUCAACAUCCGUUUGGGAAUGUUCAGGGAUCAGGUUCUGUUAAUAGGCCUCCCCAGCAAGGAUCAAAAGGGGGCAGACCUGCAAGAGGAGGAAGAGGAAGGCUAACUGGGAGGGAUGCUCAACGUGAUGCAAUUCCAAUACCUAUGAUGGGCCCUUCAUUUGGUCAUCUCGGCUUGCCACCUGGACCAAUGCAGUCAAUCGGGCCAAACAUGCCGCACUUACCUGGCCCACCAAUCCCCCCUGGUGUUUUCGUUCCCCCAUUUCCAGGACCUCUUAUUUGGCCUGGAGCUCGAGGUGUUGAUAUGAAUAUGCUAGCUGUUCCUCCCAGCCUUUCUCCAAUUCCUCCUCUUGGGCCUGGUGGACCUAGGUUUGCACCUAAUAUGGGAAGCCCUAAUCAUGGCAUAUACUUCAAUCAACCAGGCCCUGGAAGAGGAGUUCCCUCUAACACAACUGGUCCUGGUCCUAGUACAAUGGGACCUGGCAGCCGCGGGAUGCCACAUGAUAAAGCACCUAGCAGUUGGGGUCCCCAGAGAAACAGUGGGCCUUCUAAGGGUCCUUCAAGGGGAGAGCAGAAUGAUUACUCUCAAAAUUUUGUCGACACUGGUAUGAGACCGCAGAAUUUCAUCAGAGAGCUGGAGCUCACUAGUGUUGUGGAAGACUAUCCAAAGCUGAGGGAACUAAUCCAGAAGAAAGAUGAAAUUGUCACAAAAUCUGCUUCCCCACCCAUGUACUAUAAGUGUGACCUGCGUGAACAUGUACUCUCUCCUGAGUUUUUUGGCACAAAGUUUGAUGUUAUUCUUGUGGAUCCUCCAUGGGAAGAAUACGUUCAUCGGGCUCCUGGUGUUACUGACCACAUGGAAUACUGGACGUUUGAAGAGAUAAUGAAUUUGAAGAUUGAGGCAAUAGCUGACACCCCUUCAUUUAUCUUCCUCUGGGUUGGUGAUGCUGUUGGACUUGAACAGGGCCGGCAGUGUUUAAAGAAGUGGGGGUUUCGGAGAUGUGAGGAUAUUUGUUGGGUGAAAACAAACAAAACAAAUGCAACUCCUGCAUUGAGGCAUGAUUCUCGCACAUUGUUUCAGCACUCGAAGGAACACUGCUUGAUGGGCAUAAAGGGAACUGUUCGACGUAGCACAGAUGGGCAUAUCAUUCAUGCCAAUAUUGACACAGAUGUGAUAAUAGCUGAAGAACCUGCUUAUGGUUCAACGAAAAAGCCUGAUGAUUUGUAUAGGAUCAUUGAGCAUUUCUCUCUGGGCAGGAGGCGGCUUGAACUGUUUGGUGAGGACCAUAAUAUUCGUGCAGGUUGGCUUACAAUUGGGAAGGGAUUGUCGUCAUCUAAUUUUAAUUCCGAGGCAUAUAUCAAGAAUUUUGCUGACAAAGAUGGGAAGGUUUGGCUAGGAGGCGGGGGCCGGAAUCCACCCCCUGAUGCUUCUCAUCUCGUGCAAACAACCCCGGAUAUAGAAAGCUUACGGCCCAAAUCGCCUCCCCCAAAGAACCAGCUGCAGCAGCCCAUACCUCUGAUGUCCAAUAACAUUUCUAAUAACAGAAGGUCUGUGGGAAAUUCUCCACAAAAUGCCACAUCUAUUCCAUUUUCUGGGUUUUAUCAGGACGCUUUGGGCCCAGACUCUCAUUCCCCAAUGGGAGGAUUGAAGGGGCCAGAUGGUGGCUAUGGGGGGCCUGAAAAUGGAUUUUUUGAAGGUUUUGGGUUCAAUGCUUGUGCACAAACAAGUGCUGAUUAUCAUGAGUUUGAGUCUCACUGAGCGGUCAGUCUCUUGUAGCUGUAGUGCAUGGCUAUGCAAUUUUUGUUCUCAUUAUUUUUUGAUAUUACAAAAGAAACGCUUUGUAUCAGCUCUGAUUCAUUGCAUGAGAUUAUGUCGCAAAAGUUCCGCAGCAGCAGCUGCUGCAAGAAUUACAAACAAGUAUCUGCCCUGUAGCUUCUAGCCCGUGUUGAGCCGUAAUAUUUUAUUAUGAUUAUCAAAUGAGAUGUUUCAAGCCA